AUGGUUGCUUCCAGUCUCUCAUUAUCGCUUUUGGCCCUGGCGGGUGGUGCACUUGGCGCCGACCUGCCAUCCAUCCAAAUGAAGGGCUCCAAAUUCUUCCUUCCUAAUGGAACUCAAUUCUUCUUCAAGGGUAUUGCGUAUCAGCAGCAGACUGGCGCAGCCGGCUCGACACCUACAAAUUCGGGCUUCAUUGAUCCUCUGGCUGACACCAAGCGCUGCCAAGCCGAUGUCCCUAAUCUUGUUGCACUCAAGACCAAUGUCAUCCGAGUUUACGCAAUUGACCCUACCAAGGAUCAUUCAACUUGCAUGAAGCUCCUCAAUGAUAACGGCAUCUAUGUCGUCGCAGAUUUGGGCGAACCAAGUCUUUCCAUUAAUCGCGAUAAUCCCGCAUGGGACACCGCACUCUUCACACGCUAUCAGCAAGUUGUUGACGAGAUGGCCAAGUAUUCCAACACGAUUGGUUUCUUUGCUGGCAACGAGGUCAGCAAUGCAAACAACAACACCGGCGCUUCCGCAUAUGUCAAGGCUGCUGCCCGUGACACCAAGGCUUAUAUCAAGUCUAAGAAGUACCGUUGGAUGGGUGUGGGUUACGCUGCCAACGACGAUAAGCCCAUCCGCGAUCAGAUUGCGAGCUAUUUUAACUGUGGUCCCUCGGAAGAUUCGAUUGAUUUCUUCGGAUACAACAUUUACUCCUGGUGUGGCUCCAGCAACUUCGAAGCGUCCGGGUACAACCGGCUCAUUGAGUUUUUCAAAAAUUACUCUGUCCCUAUGUUCUUUGCUGAAUAUGGCUGUAACUUGCCAAACGGUGGUGAUGGCCGUACCUGGGACGAGACGACUGCUUUGUAUUUGAAGAACAUGACCGACGCUGUUAGUGGAGGUAUUGUUUAUGAGUAUUUCCAGGAGACGAAUGACUAUGGUCUGGUCGAGGUCAGCAGUGACGGCUCUGUCUCCAAGAGGAAGGACUUUGCCGCUCUCCAGAGUAAAAUCAGCGCCGUCGACCCCAAGGGCGUCACAAUGGAUUCGUACAACCCGACGGCCAAGGUCAUGGACUGUCCUGCUGUCAACUCAUCCUGGCAAGCCAGCGCGACCCUGCCCCCUACCCCGAACGACUCCGCCUGUGACUGCAUGUUCAAGGCGGCUUCUUGUGUUCCUGCAAGCAGCCUAAAGACUGAUGACUUUGGCGAUAUCUUUGGUUACAUCUGUGGCAGCGACCGCUCACUCUGUGCCGGCAUUGAUGGAAACUUUACUACAGGUAAAUACGGCACCUACAGCAUGUGCUCCAGCAAGCAGAAACUUGCCUUCGUGCUGGACGCGUACUACAAGAAGAACAAGAAUGCGGCUUCGUCAUGCGACUUCAAGGGUCAGGCCACAACCCAGAGCGCAAGUGGUUCUCAGUCUAAUUGUGCCAAGUUGGCCCCUUCAAACGGCGGAAACUCUACCUCUUCAGGUGGAAGCGGCAGUGACAGCUUUGCCGUGAUGGGAGCGCCCCUGACCAGAGUUGGAAAUUCUGCUGUUGGGCUCUACCUGGCUGCUGCUCUGUUUGUCGUCGGCAUGGUUGCCUGGUAG